GCCUAUUUGCCAUUCCUUCAACAACAACAGCAAUAGAGAUACACCAUUCUAGCGAUUUCAUUUCCUUAAUUCUAAAUCGUAUUUGACGAGUAUCAAUAAGUUCUUACUCCCAAAUACGAUCCGUGUUUUCUAGACUCCCGAAACCGUACCGUAAAGUCCUUCAAUUCCAAGGGUAUGGCACCGCCCGCCGAGAUCACCAUCCCGACGACGUCACUACAGCCGUCAACCGAUAACUCGAAACCGUAUACGCUCUAUAACAUAACCCUCCGUCUCCCUCUACGAACAUUCGUCGUACAAAAGCGAUACUCCGAUUUCGCUACAUUACAUCAAACCCUGACCUCCUUAGUCGGUUCACCACCCCCUGCUCCCUUGCCAGGGAAAUCGUGGUUCAAGUCAACCGUCAACUCGCCCGAACUUACCGAAGACCGCCGUCGCGGCCUCGAAUCCUACCUCCGAGCCAUCGCAGAAACUCCCGAUCGACGAUGGCGCGACACACCGGCAUGGCGCACCUUCCUCAAUCUCCCUGGCGUAGGCAGCACCGGUAAUAGCGCGGCUAGCGUGAGAGCCGGUUAUGGUAUUCCCAACAGAGAUGCUGCGAACCAAGCUGCGUCGCAGGACCCGGGUACAUGGCUGGAUCUACAUGGCGAGAUGAAGCGGGACUUCCAGGAGGCGCGACGGUGUCUAGCGAAAAGGGAUAGCGCGACCGAUAACUCUGCGGCUCUCGAAGCCGGCUCGGCGGCCAAAAAGGCUCUGGUUAAAGCUGGAGGCCUGCUGACGGUACUCGGGGACGGUCUACGAACGAUACAAGAUGCGAAAAGACUAGGCGAGGGCGAGAUAAGGCGGCGGAAGGAUCUACUGGCUGCUGCUCGGGUCGAAAGGGAGGACCUGGACAAGCUGAGUUCGACGAUAUCCGCCGCUGCCAAAGCGUCUCAAAGAGCCAUGCCUUCAGCGGCCGAUAAGGCGGCGCUGAUUGGCAAUGGAGCGAAAGGACGUGGAAGAGUGUUAGGCGCCCCGUUACCGGAAACCGAGCGAACCCGAGAAUUGGAUAACCAGGGUGUGGUGCAAUUGCAGAGGCAAAUGAUGAAGGAGCAAGAUGAGGAUGUCGAAGGGUUGGCGAAGAUCAUCCGACGGCAGCGCGAAAUGGCCGAAUCGAUCAACCGCGAGGUCGAGGAGCAGAACGAGAUGCUAACCCACGUCAGCAACCAAGCGGACAUUGUUAGUGGCAAGGUCAAGGUUGCCAAGGGGCGUGCUGGCAAAAUAUCGUGACUCGACUUCACCGUUGGCGUGGGGGUCAAGGGAUUGAUUCUUUUGGUCGAGCUCAUUAUUGGCAUUGCGUGGUUCAUUCAGGGCAUCUUCGAGUGGAUGGCUUGGUGCAUUGAAUCUCUUCUCCUGUUGAUGCAGGUAGACUAAAUACCGGCCAUGCUACCUAAGAUGCAUACAAAAUCAUCAAAUAUCGUCUAGCAUUAGCGUCUCAAGGUCUAAUGGGGGAAAACGGAACCAUUAGCAUAUUGCAACUUAUCGUUUUAUUUGGAAGGUUGAUAUCAUGGACUUGCGCCAUUGUUUUAUUGGGUCAAAACAAGUGUAGCUUGUGUAACUUUAUACUGGUUAGGACAUUAAGAUACCAAUAGACUCGAGAUUGUAUACUUGCGAAAA